CUUCUUUUACUGCAAGUAAUUAACUCCUUGACAUUUGCUCAAGUUUGAAUCCACUACUGAGUAACCACACACACAAUGGCCUGUACAGAGGGUGCUAGGAGCUUUCUUGUUGUGUUCAAUUUCAUCUUUUGGUUAUCUGGUGCAGCACUCCUGGGAGUAGGGGUAUGGCUCUCUGUGGACAAAGAUAUCCAGACAUUUUUCGAUGUCAUCCACAUUGACACGGCAGACCCAUACUUCAAAUACUCUGCCUAUAUUCUGGUGGGAUUUGGAGCGUUUGUGUUCCUGGUGGGCUUCUUAGGCUGCUGUGGGGCACUGCGACGCCAUAAGGGACUGCUGGGAAUGUACAUCUUCUUCCUCGUGGUUGUGAUGGCAGGAGAAUUGGCUGCAGGAAUUCUAACAGCAGUUUACAAAAAUGAGAUAGAAAGUCGUCUGAAAGGUCACUUGCUGGAAGGUGUGGAGAUGAAGUAUGGUCAUCCAAAAUACCCAACCAUUACUAGAGCUAUGGAUGUCUUACAAACCAAUCUUCGGUGCUGUGGAGUAGAAAGUGCCAGAGACUAUGAGAGCAGUGCUUGGAAGAACAGUACAUCUGACAAUGUACCCCUGACUUGCUGCCAUUUGAGCAGUGGCCCAAAUGAACCUCCUGUGGCUAAGGAUAAGAAGGAGUGUCAGGCCAACGCUUACCAGGGAGGUGCCGGUGUCUACUCUGUGGGUUGUUACCCUUCCAUCUUGCACUGGUUCAGAGACCACAGUGCUAUUGUCAUUGGAGUAGGCUGUGGAAUUGCAGGUCUUGAGCUCUUUGGGCUUGUGUUUGCUGUCUGGAUGUGCUGUGACACACGUAAAGAUGAAGAAUACGACUAGCAAGCAAAUUCAUGCGUCUAAAGAUGGAGGAAAGGAAUCUCUGAACACAGAAAAUUUUGUACGGGACAGGGAUUUAAGCAACAUCUUGUAUUUAUAUAUUUUCAUUUAAAGAAGAAUGUUUACUCUUAAUAUUUUAGACUUGUGUUACAACAGACCUGCUGAGAGGGUUUGUACUUGUACCGUUGUUAAUGUAUGCUGGUUACCAUGGUUUCCAUAACCCUCAGUUUGACACAUGGGCUUUUAAUACAUUAUUAUUCACACACACAACAGUUAUUAUUACUAACCAAAUUAUGCUGUGGAGUAUUGUAAUGGUGAAUAAUUAUUAACAUUCACCAAAACUAAUUAAAAUCUGAAUAUAAAAUCAAUGCCAUACAUGACUGCCUAAUGUAAUGAAAAUAUGUAAUAGCACAGAAUCCCACUGACCAAAAUUGAUCAGUAAGAUUUUCUGUAGUCCAUGUGACAAAAAUGUGCUUACUUCAGAUGCCUUUGUUCUCAGAUUUGCCCAUGUCUCAGUUUACAUUCCACCCAGUUGUAGGUCACAUGCACAUUUUAAUAUUUAUUAAGUUACACACAUGUGCCUGCAUGUUCGUAUCUGUUAAAAGGACCUGGUACCAAAUGAUCCCACCGUGUUUGGAGGUAGAUUCACGACUCUACGGACAUGUGUAUGUGUAUUUUCUCAGGUAUAUUCUAAGUGGUCCAAAAUAAACAAAGAAGCAUUGGGGUACAAGAAGUGACUUCAUUCUACUUAACUUUCCAAAUCAUUUUGUUUUCCUCUGUCUAUGUGCUUAGAGAAAAUAGCUAUAUAUUUUGAAGACCAAAGAUCUUGUGCAUUAAGAAUGGAUUCAUUAGCUUGCUUAGUGCUGUAUUGUUUGUUUUAUAUUGUUACCGUUUUCUAGCCAGUGGUUAAGGACUAUAUCAGCAGCAAUGAUGUCACUCAAAUGUGAGCUGUCUUAAGUUGUUUAUGUUUGUAUAUGCUUCAUCACGGUGUAGUACCAAUUGUUCUGUUAGAUCUGAUUAGGGAUAUGUCUGCAAGGGCGAGUGCAACUGAUACAGCAGUGCUCUGGGUGCUGUACAUGUAGUUACAUCAGUGCUGUAGAUACAACCGUGCAACAGAUACGUCAAUGCUGCAAAUACAACAGUGAUGCAACUACAUCAGUGCUGCAGAUACAGCAUUGCUAUACAUCAGUGCGGCAGAUACAGCAUUGCUAUACAUCAGUGCGGCAGAUACAGCAUUGCUGUACAUCAGUGCUGCAGAUACAGCAUUGCUAUACACCAGCGCUACAGAUAUGUGAACGUUGCAUGUACAGCAGUCUACGUCAGUCACAUCAGUGGUGUGGAUACUACAUUUCUGCGGAGACAACAGUUCUACUUGCAAGUAGUCACAUUGUUCUUUCCAUAGAGCAGGACUGUAGAUAUAAUUUUUUGGCAUGAUUAUAAUUCUUUAUAUUAUUUAAAAAAUGUUUUCAUAUAAACAGAUAAUAGACAUGGAUUUACAUUCUGGUUUUUUGGCCAAAUGAGUUUAUUUUCAAUAUCAGUAUUUCGAGAUCAAGUCUAUCCUAUUGCCUUGAUAAUACCAAAGUGGCUGGAAUAAUUUUCCUCCAAUCUUGCCAGAUUUCAUAGUCAAAACAAAAAUUUACUGCUGUCACAAAGUUGACUUUUUCUAUGAAUUGUUUUCACAUGGAGAUACAUUGAUUCCCUAAAACCAUCCUUUUAUCUCCAACACCUAGUUCCCCGCCUCCCCCACUUCCAAAAAGAAAGAAAAAAAAAGAGAGAGAAAAAAGCAGUGUAAAGUGUGAUACUUGUAAUGUGUCUUUGUCUAACCAGUUAGGUUCCACUUGCUGUUACAAAGUAAGAUGAGAUUUUAUGUUGAUGUUAGAAAGUGUCAUUUUACAGAUUAACUCGUGUGUUACAUAGUCUAGGACGUGUUUGUACAAAGCGCUGUACCCAUGUGUUGAUGAUUAUUAGUACACUGUAACACAGUUUGUUACGUUCAAGGUCAGGUUUCUGUUGUGAGGACUGGCUUACACUUAUUUCUUCAUCAGUUUGUAAACCAAUUGAUUUGACUUUCUUGUGCAUCCGGCCCUAUCUGCCUAUCAUGUGGAGCUACCUCAUGUUCCUCAUCAGCCUUAAAAGAUAAGAAUUGCCUGAUUAUUGAUUCACAAAAAAUAAGUUUUUAGGAAUAAAGUGUGCGUUAAAAGAAACUGUUGUCAAAGUGGCUGUUAACUCUUAAAAAGCAUAGCUGAAACAUUUGUGAAUCUGAUACUAAGGAGAUUAUCAUUUAAGAUUUUAUCAUUUUUAAUAUGAUAUUGCUUUUAGUGUGAUACCACUAUUUGUUGUUUAAGGAUUUAUGAAAUGCAAUGUUUCUUGUUCUCUUUAUCUGAUGUAUGUGAUAUCA